CAAACAGGGCCAGAGUCCCAGCUUCCUCCUCCUUCCCACAAUUCUAGGCUCGGUCGGCUCACCGCCCCGGUGACCGCCGCCGCCUUUGACGCCUGACUCCGCCGCCGUCUCGCACCAGAACUGCGUGUUUGGCCAAAACCCACGGGAAGCGCUUGUCUUUGCUGAGCUGCUCGCGCGCGGAGCUCUGGCUACUUGACUUCGGGUUUGUUCCCCCAUCUGAAGCCAAGAUUCGGAGCGUCGCCGAGGGAAGGCGAUGAAGGGGAAGAGCGGCGCGAUGGACCGGAGGUCCUCCACCAGGUGGAGGAUGCUGGUGCUCUGCGCCUUCAGCUUUGGCCUCGGCAUGCUCUUCACGGACCGGUUCUGGACAGCACCAGAUACCAACAACCAUAUCAUGUCUCAACGCCGGAGGCAAGAUCAAGAGCUGCAGCUCGUAUCAGAGGAUUGCAAUACAAAGAGGCGUGGGGAAGACAAAGAUAUAAUGGGAGAGGUAACCAAGACCCAUGAAGCUAUACAAUCAUUGGAUAAGUCCAUCUCAACUCUGCAGAUGGAGCUUGCAGCAAAGAGGAGCACACUGGAGCUGCUCCGUUCUAGUGGUUCGCCAGUAACCUCUGAAACUAGCCAACCAAGGAAAAAGGCAUUUGUUGUCAUUGGUGUCAACACCGCUUUCAGCAGCCGGAAACGCCGUGAUUCAGUGCGGGAGACAUGGAUGCCUCAAGGUGAAAAGCUGCAACAAUUAGAGGAACAGAAGGGAAUAGUUAUCCGCUUCACUAUUGGGCACAGUGCUACAUCCAAUAGUAUACUGGACAAGGCUAUAGACUCAGAGGAUGCCCAACACCAUGACUUUCUUAGACUGGAUCAUGUUGAGGGAUAUCAUGAACUAUCAGCUAAGACAAAAAUUUUCUUCUCAACCGCUGUCGACUUCUGGGAUGCUGACUUCUAUGUCAAGGUCGAUGAUGACGUGCAUGUGAACUUAGGUGCUUAUCGUUUCCUUAGACACAAUAAUUUCCUCUUUGAGUGUUUUUAUCUCAAUUUUGUUUAUUGGUGCAUGUAUAUGACAAAAACAGGAAUGCUUGCCACUACCCUUGCUCGGCAUAAAUCAAAACCAAGAACAUAUAUUGGCUGCAUGAAGUCAGGCCCAGUUCUUGCUGACAAGAAUGUGAAGUAUCAUGAACCUGAGUACUGGAAAUUUGGGGAGGAAGGAAAUAAAUACUUCCGCCAUGCUACGGGGCAGAUAUACGCCAUCUCGAAAGAUCUUGCGACUUAUAUUUCAAUCAAUCAGCCUAUCUUGCACAAAUAUGCAAAUGAAGACGUAUCACUUGGAUCGUGGUUCAUUGGUUUGGAAGUUAAUCACAUUGAUGAAAGGAACAUGUGCUGCGGAACUCCACCUGAUUGUGAGUGGAAAGGGCAAGCUGGCAAUAUCUGUGUUGCGUCUUUCGAUUGGAGCUGCAGUGGCAUAUGCAAGUCUGUCGAGAGGAUCAAGGAUGUACAUGCUCGCUGCGGUGAAGGAGAUUCCGCAGUUUGGAGCUUCCUUAUCUAGCACAUACCCUCCUUUGCCCGUAAAUAUGUAGCAUAGUUGGCAAGCUCUCGUGGUGGACCUGAAUAUGCAACUCCCCAAGUGAACUCAACAAGACCAAGGUCCAAGGAUCAUGCCCCGUUGAAUAUAAUCUGGAACUGCAGCAAACAGGACGUUGACAAUAGUGCCUUUGGCUUCACGAUUCUAUGGCAACAUGUAGGUUGUGGGAUGCUUGUUGAAAUAUUUUGUUAGAUGGCUUGCUGCCUGUCACCAUUAGCAACUUUUGUGGGGUUAAGAGUGAAGAGUGUGAGACCAAUGUGGGGGUUGCAACUGAUGUUACUAAUCUUGCAUGAAGUGGGAGAGUUUCAGCUGGUGCGUAUGGAGGUAGAGUUCAUGUAAUGUAGAGAACAUUGUUUCAAGCAAAUUUUGACAAAUUCUUUUUGCCAAGUUCAUGGAAAAAAAUGUAUUGUGAUGUAA